AAAACCCAGAAGCAGCAGCCCUUUUUGCUUUCAGAGUAGCUUGGACUCGAGAGGAUGGUAAGAGUCAGCGUUUUGAACGAUGCACUAUAGAGCAUGUACGAUGCCGAGAAGAGGGGCAAACGACAGGUCAUGAUCAGGCCUUCCUCCAAAGUGAUCAUUAAGUUCCUUUUGGUCAUGCAGAAGCAUGGUUAUAUUGGUGAGUUUGAGUAUGUCAAUGAUCACAGAGCUGGCAAAAUUGUGGUUGAACUGAACGGGAGGCUGAACAAGUGUGGUGUGAUUAGUCCUCGUUUUGACAUUGGAGUCAAAGAGAUCGAGGAGAAAAUGGAGCAUGAGAAAAUCCGAAAGGGACCGUGGACGGAGCAAGAGGACAUGAUUCUGAUCAACCUUGUGCACUUAUUCGGAGAUCAGCGAUGGGAUUUUAUCGCCAAAGUUUCAGGUUUGAACCGAACCGGGAAGAGUUGCCGGUUACGUUGGGUUAAUUACCUUCACCCUGGUCUCAAAAGAGGCAAGAUGACACCCCAAGAAGAGCGUCUUGUUCUUGAACUUCAUGCCAUAUGGGGAAACAGGUGGUCGAGAAUUGCUCGGAAGUUACCGGGGCGUACCGACAACGAGAUCAAGAACUACUGGAGAACUCACAUGAGAAAAAAGGCUCAAGAAAACAAAAAGGCCAUGUCACCAUCAUCUUCAUCUUCCUCCAACAGUCAUUCGUCGUCGUCAAGCACCGGAAAGGUAAGUUUCUAUGACACCGGAGGGCCAGACAUGGCAGACUUGGAAGGGGAGAAAAGUUGGGAAUUCGAAGACGAAAAGGGGUAUUCCAUGGAUGACAUAUGGAAGGAUAUUGAUAUGUCUGAAGAAAAUAUGAUAAAACCUUCGAGUGAUAACUAUAACGACCAUUGCUUGGAUUCACUGUGGAAGAUGGAUGAAGAAGAGAGUAAUAUGUUUCCAUAUUUAGCCGGCUAG